UGAUGAGUGUAGAGGUGUUUGCAGUGAAACGAUUGGCUCAAGCGUUGAGAGCAUUACAAAGCAGUCAUACAUUGCAUUCAUUGAGCAGUAAUUGAUUGACUGAAACAUUGUUUGCAUUAAUCGUCGCUUUCAUUACAAUUAUGUCUCAAUAUUACCACCAAUUCGUCCAAACUUUAGACAAAUGGCUGCACUCUUCGGGACGGGUGGCAGACAUCGGCGCGAAGAUCGAGAAGACAACUGGUGUUAAACGCAUUUACGUGGCUCAGGGUAUCAUUGGUUUGGUCGCCAUUUACAUGAUAUUCGGUUACUUCGCGGAACUGGUCUGCAAUAUCGUUGGCUUCGUAUACCCGGCCUAUGCUUCAAUCAAAGCUCUGGAAAGUCUGCACAAAGAGGACGACACUAAAUGGUUAACCUAUUGGGUUGUGUUCGCCUUCUUCUCAGUGGUCGAGUUCUUCUCCGACUGUAUCUUCAGUUGGUUUCCGCUCUAUUGGUUGGUUAAGGUUGUGUUUCUUGUCUGGUGUUUCGUUCCCAUUCGAAACAAUGGUUCAAAUUAUAUAUAUUCGCGAGUAAUUCGUCCCAUCUUUUUGAAG